GCCUUCUUCCCGUUUCAGCGCAGGCGCAGAGAAGACGGGAGAAAAAGGGAAUAAAACAAAGAUGAAGUUUGCUGUAAACCAUAAGAAGCUCCGUACACUUCUGUUGCUGCUAAUCAACUCAGCUCUACUCUGCAAAGCAUUGAUGGAAGGGGAUGGAUGCACAACUGGUGAGAACUGCGGGAGAGGCCUCUAUUGUAGCACUUGCAGCUCUCAGUGCACCAGAGCAAUUGCACCGAUGGAUCCUAAGUUGAUGGGAAAAAAUUUACCUUUUAACAAAUACUCAUGGCUAACUACCCACAACUCGUACGCUAUUUCUGGAGCAAAACCAGCCUUCGGAUCCAUCUUGCUUGCACAAACCAAUCAGGAGGAUUCCAUCACCGCCCAACUUAAUAAUGGCGUGAGAGGUCUGAUGGUGGAUAUGUAUGACUUCCAAAAUGAUAUUUGGCAGUGCCACUCCAUUGACGCCACUUGUUUUAACUUCACCGCCUUUCAACCAGCCAUCAAUGUUCUAAAAGAGAUAGAACGAUUCCUGAGAAAUAAUCCUUCAGAAGUCAUCACCAUAUUCAUUGAAGACUAUGUGGAGUCUCCUCAUGGCUUAACACGAGUGUUCAAUGCUUCAGGCUUAGAUAAGUACUUCUUCCCCACAUCAGGGAUGCCCAAAAAUGGCGAAGACUGGCCUUUACUGAGCGAGAUGAUAAGUAAGAAUCAGAGGCUCUUGGUCUUCACUUCGAAGAAGGAGAAGGAAUACAAGGAGGGAAUAGCUUAUCAGUGGAACUACUUGGUUGAAAGCCAGUAUGGAGAUGAGGGGAUGAAUAGCAAGUCAAUUAGCAGCAGGGGGGAGUCGUCACCGCUGAACGCGACGUCGAAAUCACUUGUUCUGAUGAACUUCUUCCCAACGGAUCCAAACAGCACCGCUGCCUGCGUUCAAAAUUCAGAUCCUCUCAUUUCGAUGCUCCAAAGUUUUCGCAGCUUUUCAGCCAAUCGAUGGCCUAAUUUCAUCGCCGUUGAUUUUUACAUGACGAGUAAUGCAGGGGGGGCAUAUGAGGCAGUAGAUAUUGCAAAUGGUCACAUGGUUUGUGGAUGUGACAAUGUAGCUAAUUGCAGGAUCAACUCAACCUUUGGUACAUGCGUAAAUUCAUCAGAAGCCUCGGGAAUUACAGUGUAUUUCACCUCUGGCUGGUUGUUCAUGUUUGCGCUGUUAUUCAUAAACAUAUAAAUAUAAAGAUAAAAAUGUAAUUUCCAAAAAAAUGAAAGUAGGUUUUGUUCCAUUUGAAUGAGCUUAAAGAUGGGAAAUGACCACUUAAAAAUCAUUUACAUAUCAAAUACUUGUACUUUGCUUUUUUAC